AUGGCCCGAUCUCAUUGGAGAGGUGUUGUUUCGGCUUGCGUCUUCAUUCCCAGCGGCACCUACCUUGGCUCUUCUGAUUCCAUCUGCUUCAAGUGUCUUUUCACGCUUUUAGUGGAACCCAUGCCCAUCUGCCGGCAGCCGCUUGUGCUUGUGGAUGCAGCGGACGGGUUCACUGCUCACGAUUUAGAUACCAAUACUACUCUUAGUGGUGCAAGUAGCCAGUGGGUGAGCAAUCUUCGUGCUGCGCAAAACUGCUGCGACCAGAAUGUUGAAAUUGCACGGGUGAGUGGCAAGAGGAUUGGUAGGUUGGCCCACCUCUGUGGGUGCCACGGCAACCAAACCCAAAUUGCCGGACCGUUGCGAUUCUAUGCCCUGAAGGAUAUCAAUUUUGGCUGUGAAUUGCUCGUCUGGCCAGAUCUCCUACUCUCGUUAACAAUCGGCCUGCCUUUUCUGACCAUUCAACACAUCAAAAAUCCCGCCAGCUACCACUGCACGAGAUGCAACCGCGCCUUUGCCCAGCCUAAUUGUCUCAAAUCGCACCUCUUCUUGGAUAAGUGUCACCAUCGAGAGUCAAGUCCACGCGCAGUUACAAGCCGGCGGUCCCCAACCCGACACACGUGCUCAUUCUGUGGCAAGCAGUACGCCAGGCGCUACAGCCUCGUGAUCCACCUGCGGACACACACGGGUCAGAAGCCACUCGUCUGUCGCAUCUGCUCCCGACGCUUCGGGGACCCCUCGAAUUUGAACAAACACCUUCGAAUUCACGCCACUGGAACCACGGUGGAUGUCGUCAACAAUCCCUAUAUUUGUCAAAUCUGUGGAAAUGUGUCCGCGAGAAGAAGGGAUCUCGAGAGACAUAUGCGGCGGAAACAUGCUAGUUUUAAAUUGGAUAAGUGA